CUACACUGUCGAUGCAAAGGAAAAGACUUAUUGUUGGCGACAUUGUACAAAUUUUAUCUGGCAACUCUGACGAAUUUCCUUUUCCGUUUCUUCUCUCUUCGCUUCUUACUUUUUCACCGGUGUUCGGUGCGUCCAUUUUGUAUCUGUAAAUCGAUUAAAAAAAUAUAAAGGAAGAGCAAAGGUUUUGUGAAAAGUUUGGGUGAUAAUAAUUCUAUAUCGUAUGAGAUUUACAAAAAAAAUAAUUGGAGUGUGUGCUUAUUGAAUACAGAAGUAUGAGCGAAAACGUAAAGUCGUUUUUAAAUCAGUUUUGCCAAAAAAAUAAAUUAGAGCCAGUUUAUGAAGUGAGACCAACCGGACCUAAAACUCGCCAAAGAUUUUUGUGUGAACUGCGAAUAGCUACCUACAAUUAUGUAGGUGCUGGAAAUUCAACAAAUAAAAAAGACGCUCAGAGUAAUGCAGCUAAAGAUUUUGUAUCAUUUUUGGUAAGACAGGGGUUCGUAAAUCAGAAUGAAGUUCCUGCUGAAGUUGAUGCAGCUCCUGCUCCUGUUAUUCACCAUGGACAGCAAGAGAAUUUGGCUGCUGGUCCACAACAUCAAGUAUUUGGUCAAGGUAUGGGUCCUGCAAGCUAUGGAGAGGCCUAUCGACCUCGUGGUCGCCAGGAUGAUCAGUGGCAUUACAUGGAUAGGGCUCAAGAACAAAAAAAGGUGGAAGAAGCUGAAGAUCUGGAUGUUAAUGCUCAAAUCCAUGGAAAUUGGACUGUUGAAAAUGCAAAGUCUAAACUGCAUCAAUUUAUGCAAUCAAAUAAGAUUCAUGCAGAUUAUAAAUAUACCCAAGUUGGACCAGAUCAUUCCAGGACAUUUGUGGCAGAGAUAAAUUUUUACGUUAAACAGCUAGGCAGACACAUCCAUGGACGUGAUACUGGUUCUAAUAAACAAACUGCCAGUAAAAGUUGUGCUCUGUCAAUUAUUAGACAGUUGUUCCAUUUGGGGGUUAUUGAAGCAUUUGCAGGUACACUAAAGAAAGAAAAGAAGGGAGCGGCAGAAAUGAAACCAUUCCAAGUAAAAAUUUCUCCUCAAUUGAAAAAUACAAUUAAAGAUUGCUUGACUGAAUUAAAUGUAACUCCCACACCUGUGACAACUGGUGUCAAGGAUGAAGAUGGCGAUACAGGUGCAGUUUCACUUUUGAGUCAUCAUGUUUUGGAUGACUUCCAUCCAGCUAAGCCAACAGAAGCUGGUGUUGUGACUUGGUCACCACCUCAACAAAACUGGAAUUGCUGGACUGGUUGCAAUAUUGAUGAAGGUUAUUUAUCUACUGCUACUUUGGAAGGUUUGAGUGAGGAUAUGCUUACUGAUUGGAAAGCUCGUUUGGAAUUAGUUUCUUCUUUGAAAACCAGUAUACAAGAAAGACAAAGUUUACCCGUGUACAAUAAAAAAGGAGAAAUUAUGGAAGCAAUUAAUGAGCAUCCUGUCAUUAUCAUUAGAGGAAAUACUGGUUGUGGUAAAACAACACAAGUAUGUCAGUUCAUAUUGGAGGAUUAUGUAAUGUCGGGUCAGGGAGCUUGGUGCAACAUCUGUGUCACUCAACCAAGACGUAUUUCCGCUGUUUCUGUAUCUGAAAGAGUAGCUAGUGAAAGAUGUGAGGAUCUAGCACAAUCUGUAGGAUAUUCAGUUCGUUUCGAAUCUGCUUUGCCAAAACCGUAUGGAUCAAUCAUGUUUUGUACAGUGGGGGUUCUUCUUAAAAAACUUGAAAAUGGUCUCAGAGGAGUCAGUCAUGUAAUUGUUGAUGAAAUUCAUGAAAGAGAUGUCAAUAGUGAUUUCAUAAUGGUUGUUUUAAGAGACAUGAUUCACAAUUAUCCUGAUCUCAGGGUAAUUCUUAUGUCCGCUACUAUUGAUACAACUUUAUUCUCGAAAUAUUUCAAUAAUUGUCCAGUAAUUGAAAUUCCUGGUAGAGCUUUCCCUGUAAAACAAUACUUUUUGGAAGAUGCCAUUGAAUUGACGAAGUUUGUUCCACCUACGGAUACAAGAAAAAGAAAAAGUAAAGGCGGCAAUGAUGAUGAAGAAGAUGGUACUGGAGUUGAAGAUCCUGAUGAAAAUUUAAAUAAGGUGGUAGUAGAUGGAAACUAUUCAGAAUUAACUAAAAACGUUAUGGCUAGACUAAAUGAGAAAGAAAUAAGCUUUGAACUUCUUGAAGCCCUUCUUGAUUACAUUAAAACUCAAAGUAUACCGGGAGCAGUAUUAGUUUUCCUUCCAGGUUGGAAUUUGAUUUUCGCCAUGAUGAAGCAUCUCCAAAACCAUCCAGUUUAUGGUGGAACUCAGUAUUUAAUUUUACCAUUGCACUCUCAGAUACCAAGAGAAGAUCAAAGAAGGGUGUUCCAUCCUGUGGCAGAUCAUGUGACCAAAGUAAUUUUGGCUACAAACAUUGCUGAAACUUCCAUUACAAUAAAUGACGUAGUGUUCGUAAUUGACAGUUGCAAAGCCAAAAUGAAAAUGUUUACUUCUCACAAUAACAUGACUAGUUAUGCUACUGUGUGGGCUUCUAGAACCAAUUUAGAGCAAAGAAAAGGACGAGCCGGUCGAGUUAGGCCAGGUAUAUGUUUCCAUUUGUGCUCAAAGGCAAGAUUUGAAAAAUUAGAAGAGCACAUGACUCCAGAAAUGUUUAGGACGCCAUUGCACGAAUUGGCUCUCAGUAUAAAAUUACUGAGGUUAGGAUCUAUAGGUCACUUUUUGAGUAAAGCCAUUGAACCACCUCCAUUGGAUGCUGUGAUCGAAGCUGAGGUUCUUUUAAGAGAAAUGAAAUGUCUAGACAAGAACGAUGAAUUGACACCUUUAGGUAGAAUCAUUGCUAAAUUGCCCAUAGAACCUAGAUUGGGUAAAAUGAUGGUUCUGGGUUGUAUUUUUAUGUGUGGUGGUCCAUUAGCUACCAUGGCUGCAAAUUCUUCUACAUUCCCAGAAAUUUUCACUCUGGAUAUGGGUCAGAGACGUUUAAGUUAUCAUCAGAAGGCUUUGGCUGGUGACAGACAUUCUGAUCAUGUAGCAAUGCUCACAGCAUUUGAACUCUGGGAUCAGGCCAGACAAGGAGGAGAAGAAGCUGAAUUAAGGUUCUGUGACUUUAAAGGCAUCAGUAUGCCAACUAUGAGAGUGACUUGGGAAGCUAAACAUCAACUUCAACAGAUUUUAAAUAAUGUAGGUUUCCCUGAGGAGACCUUGGCCCCCCUACCAAUGGAAACUGUCGGCCCUGAUCCAAGAUUGGAUGUUGUAAUGUCCCUUAUGUGUUAUGGGUUGUAUCCAAAUGUUUGUUAUCACAAAGAAAAAAGAAAGGUAUUAACUACAGAAAGUAAAGCAGCUCUUAUUCACAAAACUUCUGUGAACUGCAGCAAUAUGGACCAAGGUUUUCCAUAUCCAUUCUUUGUGUUUGGUGAGAAAAUUAGAACACGAGCAGUUUCCUGUAAGCAGAUGACAAUGGUGACGCCUCUUCAUUUGUUACUUUUUGGAUCACGUAAAGUCGAUUGGGUUGAUAAUGUAGUAAGGUUAGAUAAUUGGGUUAAUUUAGACAUGGAUCCGGAAGUAGCUUCUAUGAUUGUAGCUCUAAGACCAGCACUAGAGAGUCUGGUAAUCAGAGCUUCUCAGGAGCCUGAACAGAUUUUGGAAAUGGGACCUACAGAUCUGAAAGUGGUAUCUACAAUAAAAGAACUGUGCCGACUUCAUGCUGGUAGUUUUGAAUUAGAGAGGGCAAAACCCAGUUUGUUGGCUUCAAAAAGGCCACCCAGAGGUCACACACUUGGAAACUUUAAUGGGCCUCCACCUAAGUUCUUUAGAGGUGGUGGAAGUGGUGGUGGUGGUGGUUACAGAGGAGGAUUCCGAGGAGGAUAUAAUAAUGGAGGAGGUUAUGGAGGAAGCCGCGGAGGAGGAGGUUAUGGAGGAGGAGGAGGAGGUUACAGUGGCGGGCGCGGUGGUGGCGGAUUUAGAGGUCGCGGCGGUGGGGGAUUUAGAGGAAGUUUCAAUUCGUAGGAAUCUAAAAAUGUGACGAAAAUAAUGAAAAACGUAUAUCAUCGCUGUGGAAUUACUUAUUUCCAUUAUGUUUACCCAAAACUUUAUUGGUAUGCAUUUACUGUUUGUAAAUACCAAUAUAAAAGUACUUAGUUUGUAAGUAUUUAUUUUUAUUUUAUGUUAAGAGAUUGGUUUGAUCCAACAUAUGAUUUUAUGUUUUUGUAUUUGUCAAGUCACUGUUAAAAACCUAGACUAUUCUAUUUACCUAUAAGAAACAAUAUUUCAGGAUAUUUAGAAAUUAUAUUUGUAUUGAUUCAUUACAAUACACACUUUUUAAAUACUUAAUAAAAUUUAAAAG